CGACACCGUCCCUCCCCCCGCCUGCCCCGCCCCUCCUGCCCUGGUGACCGCUGAGCUGUGCAAGUGGGAUUCUCGAAAUUAUUUGGUCAAAUGUUACAGCAAGUUUUUGUUGGAAGUAGGGUCAAGUGAUGCUAACGCCCCUGCUCCCCUGACUGUCCAGCUUAAAAAGGCUCCUAAAAUGUCCUUGUCACCUUUCUGCUUUGCAACAGAGCUGCUGGCCAGGAAGUCCCCUGCCCCACUCUGCCCUUCCCAUUGCAGGCAGGCCUUGCAAUUCCUUCCCAGCUUCCCUUCCCCCACCGCCUGAAGCUCAGGUCGGAGCGGUUUGGUAGGGAGCGCUGGGUCUAAGGAGCAAGGCGUCUCCUUUUCAGUCAGAAAAUGUACACGCCAGGGAGUUUUUGAAAGGCAAACCUUCAUGAGAAAAAGCAAAGCUAAGUGCCCUGCGGAUUAACUAGCCUGAAUUAUUUUGAGCGAGUUGCAGACACUGAGUCUGGCACUUCCUCUGACUUGCUCGGUGGGUGGUCCUUGUCGGGGCCUGUGGUCACUGACUGCUCCCUCCCAUCCCUGCUUCUUCUGUGGACUGGGCAGAGGAAGCUUUCUUAGGAGGUUAGGCUCCCCCUGGGAAACCUUUUGAUGCCUUCCCUGCCCUCCCGGGGAUUUGCCAAGACACUGCUGAGAGAUGGGCUCUGGGUGUGGGAGCCACAGGGGAGCUAGCCCUCUGUGAAAUCUGCAGGUGGGGAAGGGCCAUCCAGACAGCCACCCCCGUGGACCGUGGGAACCUGAGCGGGCAGACCUGCCCUGGGCGAGAACGGAAAGAACCCACAGCGCCUGGGCACCUUCUCCCCAUCCCUACCCCAAACUUGGGCCUGAGGAAGAGCCUGGCACAGCCACCCCACCAGCGACCACUGUGGGUGUGCAGGCCUGAGGAAGGUGGGGGUGGGGGAGGAGAGAUUCCAUGCGCUGUGCCUGCCCGGAAGCUCCCUGCAGCCUUGUCUGCAAACACCAGGCGUGGGUGAGUUUCCUGAGCAGUUUUCGGCAGAGGGCUGAGGGUCUCAGGGCCAGAACUGGCGAAUGCUCUCUGCUCAGUUAGACAAGUGCCCCUGGAAGCCAAAUGCAAUGAAUACGGAGGAAAGUGAUCUUCAGUACUGAGAUUGCCUUGCUCCUGAAAUCCAAAGGGAUUUUCAAAGAUGACCCAAGACAAGUACAAACGAUUAAGAUGUGCAGAGGAAACCCGCAAGAUGGGACUUUCAGGGAAUGUCAUUUUGUGAAACAAACAGAGGAAGAGGGUAUGCUUAUGAAAAAAUCCCGCGGUCCUGGAGUGGCGAGGCCUGGGGACCAGUGAUGCCACCUGCCUAGGCACAGUAGGGUCAGGUGAGGUUGCUGUCUUUCACAUGGGGCCGCAGCUCCAGUCCAGGAAGCCCUGGCUGCACAAGGUUUCUCCAAAGGCAUGGGCGGGGACGUGGGGCUGGAGAAUAACUUUCCAGAUGGCCAAAUUCUGUAAGUCCUCUUUAAAACUGAUCGCCUUUCAAAAUCACCUUUCUCCCACAAUUCAAUGAACAGAGGGCAUAGCUCCCUCCCUUGGAUUCUUAAGCAGCCUUGACCUUUCAAUGGCACCAACAUAGACCCCAAAUUUCAUAGGUUUUGGGGAAGAUCCCUUGAGAAGAAGCAAGGAGAGCAUGAGAAAAGGAGAAAAAAGGGCUGUUGGCUCAGGCAGUGCACUGACAGCCUGCUCUGUGCCUUACAAGUCUGUCUCAGAAUUUAAAUAUCUCAGAUUAUAGGAAGGACUCAGGGCACUCUGAGUCUUCCUAUAGCUCGUCCCCGCUGCUUUCACAGCAUCCUCAGCCAUGGGGACGCAGUGUGACGAGUGCUUUCAUUUAUUCAUCUGGGGUUUGGUGUAAUUUGUACAUUUUGCCUAAUUUCAAGGAGGUGUAGGACAACAGCUCUGCAUUUCUGGUGACUAGUCAUUGUUCCAUCGUCAAGUAAAAGGAAGGUAUAUUGCAGCUGAUCCAGUAAAGGAAGAAGAUGGUUUAUUCUGACUCGGAAAACAAAGAAUUUGAUUCAGCUUCUGCAUCCAGUCAUGCGUCCCUAAAUGGAAAUGAUGACAUGGUGGAGAAAAAUCAGGAAACAGGGCCCGAGAACAACCUGUACAGCCAGUACGAGGAGAAGAUUCGGCCGUGCAUCGACCUCGUCGACUCCCUGCGGGCCCUGGGCGUGGAGCAGGACCUGGCCCUGCCCGCCAUCGCCGUCAUCGGGGACCAGAGCUCGGGCAAGAGCUCCGUGCUGGAGGCGCUGUCGGGGGUCGCCCUUCCCCGAGGCAGCGGUAUUGUUACGAGAUGUCCUCUGGUGCUGAAACUGAAAAAACUUGUGAACGAAGAUGGAUGGAGAGGCAAAGUCAGUUUCCGGGACUACGAGGCCGAGAUUUCAGAUCCUUUGCAAGUGGAAAAGGAAGUCAAUCAAGCCCAGAUUGCCAUCGCUGGGGAAGGAGUGGGAAUCAGCCAUGAGCUGAUUAGUCUGGAGGUCAGCUCGCCUAACGUCCCGGAUCUAACCCUGAUAGAUCUUCCCGGCAUCACCAGGGUGGCCGUGGGCAAUCAGCCACACGACAUUGAAUACCAGAUCAAGUCUCUCAUCAGGAAGUACAUCCAGAGGCAGGAGACGAUCAACCUGGUGGUGGUCCCCUGUAACGUGGACAUCGCCACCACCGAGGCCCUGCGCAUGGCUCAGGAGGUGGACCCCGAUGGGGACAGGACCAUAGGAAUCUUGACAAAGCCUGAUCUUGUGGACAAGGGCACUGAAGACAAGGUGGUGGACGUGGUACGAAACCUCGUCUUCCACCUGAAGAAGGGCUACAUGAUCGUUAAGUGCCGGGGCCAGCAGGACAUCCAGGCCCGGCUGAGCCUGGCCAAGGCCCUGCAGAGGGAGCAGGCCUUCUUUGAGGACCACACACAUUUCAGGGAUCUUCUGGAGGAAGGGAGGGCCACGGUCCCCCGCCUGGCGGAGAAACUGACCGCAGAGCUCAUCACGCACAUCUGUAAAUCCCUGCCCCUGUUAGAAAAUCAGAUAAAGGAGAGUCACCAGAAAAUAUCAGAGGAGUUACAGAAGUGUGGCUCCGACAUCCCGGAAGAUGAAAGUGGAAAAAUGUUCCUUCUGAUAGAGAAAAUUGAUGCGUUUAAUAAGGAGAUCACAGCUUUAAUUCAAGGGGAGGAAUGCGUGGGGGAGCACAAGUCUCGGCUGUUUACCAGAAUCCGAAGUGAGUUCAGCAAAUGGAGUGCUGUGAUCGAAAAACAUUUCCAAAAAGGCUAUGACGAUAUCUGUAAACAGAUCCAGCAAUUUGAAAACCAGUAUCGUGGCAGAGAGUUGCCGGGGUUUGUGAAUUACAAGACGUUUGAGACCAUCAUCAAAAAGCAGGUGGAGAUUCUGGAAGAGCCGGCUGUCGACAUGCUGCACAGAGUAACUGAUAUAGUCCGGCUUGCCUUCACAAAUGUUUCAGAAACACAUUUUAACGAGUUUUUCAACCUCCACAGAACUGCCAAGUCCAAAGUUGAGGACAUUAAAUUAGAUCUAGAAAAUGAAGCUGAGAAGGUGAUCCGACUGCACUUCCAAAUGGAGCAGAUCGUCUACUGCCAGGACAAGGUGUACCGGGGUGCGCUGCAGAAGGCCAGGGAGAAGGAGGCCGAAGAAGAAAAGAACAAAAAAUCAAAGCAUUCUAUUUCGACCCUCACUGAAGACCCCUCCAUAGCUGAGGUCGUUCAGCACCUGACCGCCUACCACGAGGAGGUCAGCAACCGCAUCUCCAGCCAGAUCCCCUUGAUCAUCCAGUACUUUGUGCUGCGGUCGUUUGGCCAGCAGCUGCAGAAGGGCAUGCUGCAGCUCCUGCAGAACAAGGACGAGUAUGACUGGCUUCUGAAGGAGCGCAGCCACACCAGCGACAAGAGGAAGUUCCUGAAGGAGCGGCUGUCGCGGCUGACCCAGGCUCGGCGCCGGCUCGCCAAGUUCCCUGGGUAAACCGGCCCUCCGGCCCGUCCAGGGUCUCCAGGACACAUCCCUAGGGAGCGGAGGACCAACGUCUUUCCCUGGUAGCCUCGCAUCAUUAGCAACCCAUUUCACAGAUGCCUGAGCGACUAGUAGGUUCUCUGCUCUUAGCGAGUGAGGACUUUGUAAGGAGCUGUGACGAGCAGGUGGGCUUCAGGCAUCCAGCGAUUUUCUUGUUUGCUCUUCCCCUUCCCUCAACUCUCUCCCUUUCUUCAUCAGAUACUCACCCACGCACCAGCAUCCUAGACGGGUCUUCCUGCUUUCUGUAAUAGCCUUUCACACCGACGUUUUAGGGGCAUUAGUGCCACGUGUGACUGCACACCGAAGCCUGUUUCUUCAAUUUUUAAUAAAGUCAUUUUUCCCAGA